AUGUCCGCGAGAGGCAGUCGCUGUGACUCACAACAAUUCAGCAGAUGCGCGCAUACGACCAACCGUGCAGUUGCUACAAUCCGAUCGCGUCGGCGAGAUUGCCUUCCACUCCAGGAGAUGGUGAAGCAUCACUCUAGUAAUGUGGAGGGUGCGCACGCCUUGCCUGCAAACUCUGAGACACAGGAUCACUGCACGGAUGACUGGGACGGCGACUUUGGGUCUGUGGACCGCAUUAACACCACUGCCACAUCAUCGUCCCUUCUCCACCACAAUGCGGGUGCAGCCUCCAGACCAUCGGUCAAUUCUCAUGCUGGAAGACGCAUCACAUUGCAUCGCACCUCAUCGCACCACAACACGCACCUCCUGUCACAGCAUCCAUUGGAUGAUUUGGCUCCCUACUUUGCAUUCUUGACCUUACGCAAGCUACGAACGACAAUUUGUGGUCAUAUUUGCGCAGGACAAUAUUACCUUUCCACAUGCACUGAACACAUUCCAUGUACCUCGGGCAUCAGGAUUGAUGGUUCGCUGCCAUCUCUCACUUCUUGUUCCUCACGCCUAGAUGCCACCGUCCCAAACUUCAUUGCAGUGACCAUGGACAAAAGCGCUGAUCAGACGUCGUCGUCGUCGUACUCCAUUCACUCCGUGCAGGACGCUGCUUCUGUGCCGCAAUCGCUGGAGUGA